AUGCGCUCUCAGCUCUGGAUCUCAGUACUCCUGGGACUCGUUCUGGCAGUGAUAUUCCAAACUUCCGCACAGGAAUAUCGAGUAGAUUGUGGUAGGCGACAGGUGAAAACGAUCUAUCUUAUCCAAAAUGGGUUGAAUGCAAAGCCGGGACACUGGCCAUGGCAUGCAGCCAUUUUCUCCGAAGAAAAAGACAAUAAGCUUGACCAUAAAUGCGGUGGAUCGAUUAUAGACGCGAACACCAUCCUAACAGCCGCUCAUUGUGUUUUUAAAAAUGGCGUGCCUUUACCAAAAAACACAAUCUCAAUCGAAGUCGGCCAUCUCAAGGAAGAUGCAGACUACACGCAGAUACAUGAUGCACGGGAAAUAAUAGUACAUCCUAAGUUUAGGGCAGAUAACAUUACCAACGAUAUCGCUCUAAUCAAGCUGGCGACCAACAUCACCAUGUCGAAGUUUGUGCAACCCGUUUGCUUGUGGACAAUGGACGACAAGCAGAACUCGAUCAUGGAUAAAAAAGCAACGAUCGUUGGAUUUGACAAGCAAAAUCAGUUGAAGCAAACCUUGGUAGGCGUCGUUGACGCAGUAUCGUGCGCCAUCAAUGUUCCCGAAGCAUUCGGAAGCAAACUUACAGCUGACAUGAUUUGUGCCACGGGACAGGAAGGUGCUAGUGCGUGCAGUGGCGAUAGUGGUGGUGGCAUGUUUUUCGAAAUCGAGGGCAAGUGGUUUAUUCGUGGUAUUGUCUCAUUUUUAUCAGCGAAUACCGAGAGUAAACUCUGUAAUACAUCUAAACAAAUCGCCGCAACUGACAUCGCAAAUUAUGUCGAUUGGAUUAAAGUGCAUGUCGAUCCUAAUGUGUUGAUCAGUUCUGAUGCGAUUGAAGUGGAUUAUAGCGAUAAGCUGAAACUAUUUGAUCUCAAAACGUGUGGUAUCGUGUCGAACACGAUUGCUGCCGGCGGUAUACAAUGGACCUUGCCCUGGCUCGGAUUUGUUGGAACCUAUAGACUCUCAGACAACACGAUCGAUAAAAGAUGUGCAGUUACGUUACUAAACGAAUGGUACGCCGUUGGGCCGGCCCAUUGCUUCGAAAACGAUGGAUUCGAACGAAGAGUUCUUUUUGGAGGUAAUACAGAACUGACGGAACCGAGGUGUGACGAUCGCAAGAGACCCUGUGAAAGUCCAACACAAGUGCAUCAAAUUCAACGAAUCAUCAUCCAUCCAUCGUACAGCCUCAAUAAUACUGCCGACGACAUAGCACUUAUUGAGUUGCUUAACCCAGCGGAUACAACACAACCGAAUGUACACCCAAUCUGUAUACCCAUUAUACCCAAACUGCGCACCAACUUUACAGGAGACCUUUCAAUUGCGUCCCAUGUGUCUUCUCCACCUGCCUUUGCGAGCAAACCAGUCGAUUACAUCAGUGCUGAGGACUGUACUGAUGAGUAUGCCCGAGAAGAGUUCCCUCUGUUCCUCGAAAGUAAGCGACUUUGCACCUUAAUCACUAAAAGAGCGGCAAAGGACUGCAUUCAGCUGAAAGCAGGAGUUCCACUCCAGCAGCUGAGGAGGUUCAACGGAAGAAGGCAAUAUUUUCUACGAGGCUUCGAUUUAUUUGGUCUUGCGUGUUCAACAUCGCUGCCGUCCGUUUAUAGCAACAUAAACAACUAUCUGGACUGGAUACUGUACAACAUGAGACACGAUAUAUUGGAUAUAACUGAUGAAACUCCAAAAGUCGAAGACUCUGAUAUAGAGAAAAGUUGGAAUACACUAUACGAAGAUCCGGAGCUCGAAAAACUAUCCCUGUUCAAUCUAGAUACGUGUGGAGUUACGUCGCUGAACGUCGAUACGGUCGAUGAACGCACGUUCUAUCCCUGGAUGGGAUUGUUGGCAACGCACAAAAACACUAUGGAGGCAGUAACGUACAUCGAAAGUGCGAUUACUUUGAUCAGUGACAGAUACGCUUUGGUACCGGCUCACAUUGUAAGCAACUCUGUGUCAUGGCGGUUCGUUAUUCUAGGAUACUGCAAUUCGUUGCUGUUAGCAAGUUGUCAAUUUUCUAAUUGCAAUCACUUAUUCAACAAAGUAGAAAUCAAGAACAUACUCGUCCAUCCUUUGUACGAAGGUGACCCCAAGAGCCACAAUAUCGCUCUCAUUGAGUUUAUGAAGCCAGCAGAUCUCCAGCAUCAAUAUAUUAAUCCUAUAUGUUUACCAAUCACCAAAGAGCUGCGCAAGCGUAGCCCAUUGGAUUUGACUGUGGUACCCUUCAGGAACUAUGAUAACGAGGUGAAGAAUUUAACAUCCAUUCAGCCUAGCGUCUGUCAAGAACGGUUUGCACAGGAAGGAAUUUUGAUCCCAUUGAAAAAACUUCCAAAAUGUGCCGAAGAUACGAAUAAAAUUGAUCAAAAACGAGUGUUCCUCAAAUCUGGUGCUAUGCUACAAACUACGUCACGGAUUGGCAAAAAAGAUCGGUACUUCCUCAGAGGCAUUAACAUACACAAUGAUACGGUUGGACGAGACUACCAACAUCUACCAUACUCGUUUUCAAAUAUCGAUCUUUACCUUGACUGGAUCCUAGAGAACAUGAACGAAUCAUCCCAGCAGAAUUUAUCAGCAUUAAACGAUCUAAAAGAGGAACAGCCUAUUGAGUCUGGUCCAGUGAAUCUUCCGCCGGUAAAAAUAAACAUCAGGGAAGGGUUGUUCAACCUCAGCACCUGUGGAGUGUAUCCAGAUACCAAAAAUACGAUGAAUAGGCUCUACUCACCUUGGUUGGGAUAUGUGACAGCAUUUCCCGACCCCAAAGAUCUACUCUGUAUGGUAACAUUGGUAAGCGAAAGACACGCUGUAGGUCCAGUUCACACGCUAAUUGGUCGUAGGGACCUCAAACUGCAGGUUGGCAGUAUGAUCGACUCAUCCGAUGUGGUGUGUGAAGAUGGGGACCAGUCUACGCUUUGCGUUCCUGAAUUGCAGAAAAUCCCAGUACAGCGAAUGAUUGUUCAUCCGCAGUACAACCGUUCCGAUAACAGCAACGACAUUAUGUUGCUGGAGCUGUCUCGACCAGUGAGAAAUCCUCAGAUAAACCCGGUCUGCCUGCCGGUCGACAAUCAGAUUCGCAGCUACGACAUUUCAAACUUGAGGGCCCACGCCUUCAACUUGCUCACACUGAACUUCGUGGCGAAGAAGCUGGACGAACACACGUACUUUACUUCCUCCGAGUGUCAAACGCGAUGGAACAAACUGGCACUGAAUUGGGAGCUCGAAAAUGUCACACAAUGCAUAAUGGCGCAAUACUCACCAAACACCGAAUGUUUGACUUCUCUUCCAGGGUUUCCAAUAUACACGGCACAAAAAAUUAAUGGAGUCGAAAGACACUUUUUGCGCGGAUUUGCAAAAGCAUGGCCAUUUUUUUGCAGUAAAUACUACCCGGUCAUUUAUACUAACAUCGACACUUACCUGGACUGGAUACUGGAGAAUGUAAACAAUAGUAGUGAUCUAAUGAUCAAGGUUUAG